AUGUUCGACAUAGAGGCUGAGCGGCAAGCCAAUCUGCUCGCAAAGCAGAGACUACUCGAAGAACUCGAGAUUGGCUCCGGGAUAGCCAACGCUCAGCCCGAUCAGCCCAUUGCUAGGCCAAGGAAGAGGAAGUUGGGAAUCUCGUCAGCGCAGCCGCUGAGAUCAUCGGCCAGAAUCGCAGCGUCAGCUAGCAUUCGUACCGAUCAGGACGACGAGAGAUCCCAAUACAAGCAAAACACCAAAGACACUCGAUCUCGACCAAAGCAACCCAUAAGGAAGAACCCACGCACCACCCAAUCUACCAAGCUUCCAAAUCCACCCGUAUCUAACAAUGUACCAGCUUCAUCUUCACUCGCCGAUCUCAUGACCCUCUGGAAUUCGUGGGCGCCAUCUGCCCGCGAGCCAACAUUGACACCUGAUGGCACAUACCACUUCCCCGACUUCCCAGAGUUCACCCCCAACAAGUCACCUAUAUCGAUGCUGCUUGAAGGCGCAUUUGGUGGUACCUUCUUCUCCCCGUGGUACUCACGUACUCUCAGUUUGGAGCUUCGAGACGACUAUCUCAUGACACUCCCCAAGUCAUGGCUCGCACAACUACGACCACCACGCAAGUACAUCACCUCGCCCACCUACCAGCCAGCUCUGAACAAAUUCCAAGUCUCAUCCGGCCAGAACCAGUCAGAAUGGGAGGCUGCAGGCUGGAUAAACUUCAACCACGAUCCGCGGGGUUGGUAUGAGUGGUACAUUCGCUUCUUCCUCGGUCGACGAUGUGAUGACGAUCAGCGACAAGUGGGAAGAUGGUCACGAUGCGUUGGGGUUCGAGGCCGCUGGCGACGUCUUUUACUUAAGAAGUACGUGGAGAUGGGUGUUAAGACCGUGGGAGAUGAAGGUGGGGAUGACGAUGUCUGGACUGACGACCAAGGCGAUGUGCAAUCAAAACAGAUCAGUCCAGUCAUGCAUCAGACUUGUCAUCAUUGGGCAUAUGAGGUGCGACAAGAAGAUCUUGAUCUAGCCUGGGUUGAGCACGAGCAACGCUGA